AUGUCUACCGCCUUCAGAUCCGUCGCGCCUUUCCUGCGCACGGCGCGCGCCUCGCUGCGCCAGGGCAACGUCAGCCCUCUCCAGGCCGCCCUGAAGAGCAAGAACGUCUCUCCCGUCCUCAACGUCUGCCGCAACUACGCCGUCUUCGAGCGUUCAAAGCCCCACGUCAACAUUGGUACUAUUGGCCACGUCGAUCACGGAAAGACUACUCUGUCCGCUGCCAUCACCAAGAGACAGGCCGAGAAGGGCCUUGCCAACUUCCUCGAGUAUGGUGCCAUCGACAAGGCUCCUGAGGAGCGCAAGCGUGGUAUCACCAUUUCCACCGCCCACAUCGAGUACGCCACCGACACCAGACAUUACUCCCACGUCGACUGCCCGGGUCACGCCGAUUACAUCAAGAACAUGAUCACUGGUGCCGCCAACAUGGACGGUGCCAUUAUCGUCGUCGCCGCCUCUGACGGUCAGAUGCCCCAGACCCGUGAGCACUUGCUGCUCGCCCGUCAGGUCGGUGUCCAGCGUAUCGUCGUCUUCGUCAACAAGGUCGAUGCCAUUGACGACCCCGAGAUGUUGGAGCUUGUCGAGAUGGAGAUGCGUGAGCUUCUCAGCACCUACGGUUUCGAGGGUGACGACACCCCCGUCAUCAUGGGUUCUGCCCUGUGCGCCCUGAACAACCAGAAGGACGACAUUGGUGUCAACAAGAUCGAUGAGCUCAUGAAGGCUGUCGACGAGUGGAUCCCCACUCCCCAGCGUGACCUUGAGAAGCCCUUCCUCAUGUCUGUUGAGGAUGUCUUCUCCAUCUCUGGCCGUGGUACCGUCGUCAGUGGACGUGUCGAGCGUGGUAUCCUGAAGAGGGACACCGAGGUUGAGAUUGUCGGCAAGGGUGAUGAGGUCAUCAAGUCCAAGGUCACCGAUAUUGAGACCUUCAAGAAGUCCUGCGAGGAGUCCCGUGCCGGUGACAACUCCGGUCUCCUCCUCCGUGGCAUCAAGCGUGAGGACAUCCGCCGCGGUAUGGUCGUCGCCAAGCCCGGCACCGUCAAGGCCCACAAGUCCUUCCUCGCCUCCCUCUACGUCCUCUCCAAGGAGGAGGGUGGCCGUCACACCGGUUUCCACCAGAACUACAAGCCCCAGAUGUACCUCCGCACCGCCGAUGAGGCCUGCACCCUCACCUUCCCCGAGGGCACCGAGGACGUCGACAGCAAGAUGGUCAUGCCUGGUGACAACGUCGAGAUGGUCGCUACCCUGCACAACCCCUCCGCCAUUGAGGUCGGCCAGCGCUUCAACGUCCGCGAGGGUGGCCGCACCGUUGCCACCGGUCUCAUCACCCGUGUCAUUGAGUAA